AUGGCUGGAAGGUUUUGCUUUGACGUUGACUGGUACGAUGGCCAUGCACAGAUCAUACGGUCAUAUAAUCUGUUCCUGUUUCCAGCCGAUGGUUGUGUCGAAAUGUAUGAUAUUAAGAACCGAAGGACAUUCUUGAAGAAAACCAAGGCUGAUGUAUUUGUUGAACAAUUGAGGCCUGGAAAUGCGGUCACGAUAUUGUCACGACAGUUGAUUGUCAGAGAUUACGGAGAUGACUAUACAAGGACGCAUCUUGCUCAACAAAUGCAAAAAACACUACUCAUCGUCCAAGGAUCCGCCAUACAGCACUUUGGAUCAAUCCUAGACGACUUGCUAUCAAAGGAUUUCACCUUGUCGCGUUUACGAAUGAUGGCACCAUCAGCAGCUAUUGGAAGCAUAGUGUCAAGUCAAACACCUUCAAAACAAGUCAUUGUAACGGAACUAGUUCGUGCUGAUGCCGUGCAACUCACAAUGAAUAUUGUUGCUGAGUCGAGGAAGCGAUUGGGGAUUAGUGAUGGGAGUGUGCAUGUGUCCAUGUCUGUUGAGGCUGCUGGCAAGGAAUUGGAAGAUGUGUUUUCAGAAAAGUCAAUGCGUCAACUGCCUAGAACAGCCAAAUUCGCAAACUGUGCAUUGGCUUUAAUUAAACCUCAUGCAGUACUGUCAGGAUUGACAGGCAAGAUCUUUAAUGCUAUCAUCAAGAAUGGCUUUGAGAUCUCCGAUAUGGAAUUAUUCAAUCUGGAAAAGACGAAUGCUGAAGAAUUCUUGGAAGUUUACAAGGGUGUGACUCCAGAUUAUCAUCACAUUGUUGAACAUAUCAGUUCAGGACCACUAGUCGCCAUGGAAAUCACAUCCUCUUCCAAAACCGUCGUAUCUGAUUUCCGAGAAUUCUGUGGACCAUCAGAUCCACAACUAGCCAAACAACUACGACCGGAAUCAUUACGAGCCAAGUAUGGAAAGGACAAGAUUCAGAAUGCUCUUCAUUGUACAGACUUGACGGAAGAUGGAGUACUGGAAGUCUCCUACUUUUUCCGGAUUCUUGCCUUAUAA